AUGGGAACGUCUCUAGAAGAAGGAUACAACGAUAACGACCAGAAAGAGGUUAUCGAUGAAAAUGAACGCGUUAAAAAAUUACCAUUAUUAGGCGUCAGGCACAUCCAAAUCGCCCUGCUAUUCUCCAUGCUAGCCAUAAUAUACGCCAUGAGAGUAACUCUAUCAGUAGCCAUUGUAGCGAUGAUAGGCAAUUCCACCACCGAUAACCCAAACAUACCCACCUACCAAUGGACCAACAAAAACGUCAUCCUAUCCUCGUUCUUCUGGGGCUACAUCUGCCUGCAGAUCUUCGCCGGCGAGCUGGGCAAGAAGUACGGCACCAAAUGGCUGGCUUUCAUCGCCAUGUUCAUCAACUCCACCGCCUGCGUGAUGAUCCCUUUCAUCGCCGACAACCUCGGCUCCUACGGCGUCAUCGGUUGCCGCGUCCUGCAAGGUUUGUCCCAAGGUUUCUUCUUUCCCUCGGUGCACAACAUCUUGGGCCAAUGGGCGCCGCUGGAGGAGCGAUCCGUGCUGGGAACCAUCGCAUUCGCCGGUCCUUCGUUUGGUACUAUCGUUUCGUUGAUUAUCAGCGGGAUAAUAUGCUCGUCUUGGGCGGGCUGGCCGGUGGCCUUUUACGUGUUCGGCUCGCUGGGUUACGUCUGGAUGCUCGCCUGGAUGCUCCUCUGCGCUAACAGCCCAGCCUCGCACAAGUGGAUAUCCAAUGAAGAGCGCCGGUACAUCCAGAAGAGUUUGAGCGUGAAAGAAGACGAAGAGAUACCGGCGACUCCUUGGAAGAGCAUCUUCACUUCGAUGCCGGUUUGGGCGUUUGUGGUGGCGAUGUUCGGGCAGAAUUGGGGCUACAGUACGAUGCUCACCGAAAUCCCCAGUUACCUGCAUUCCGUUAUGAAAUUCGAGAUGACUCAGAAUAGCGUACUAUCCGCUGCUCCGUACAUAGCCUCGUUCAUCUUGAGCUUCGUGUUCGGUUAUCUAUCGGAUUUCCUGAUCAACGGGAAUUACAUUUCGAGGCGAAACUCCAGGAAGCUCCUUAACUCAAUAGGGACUUUCGUGCCGUCGUUGGCGUUGAUAGUUUUGGGUUUCCUGGAUAGCAGCCAGAGCGUUUUGGCGGUGAGCAUGUUGAUUAUAGCUGUGGGUGUGAACGCCGCCUGUUUCGCCGGAUUCCAAAUCAACCCGGUGGAUUUGGCGCCGAAAUUCUCCGGGAUAUUGAUGGGCAUCGGCAACGGGUCCUCUAACAUCUUCUCCAUCAUCGCGCCGUUGAUGGUGCAAGUGGUGGUGGGCGAUAAUGAGACGGAUAAGACUUUGUGGAGGACGAUUUUUAUAAUAGCUGCUUGCGUUUACACGGCUUCGGAUGUGUUUUAUGUGUUGUUCGCGAAAGGGGAAGUGCAGGAAUGGAACAACAUCGAAGUAGCGCCGAAAGUGGAUAAAGAACUGGCGGAGCAAAGGAGGAAAUCGAAAAUGAGUUGUUAA